AUGUCCGCUCCAGAAGAACCAACAAAGGUCUACCAGUACGACGAGGUUCCGGAGAACAAGUCGUGGGCUUCAACAUUGCCUGUGGCAAAGGGCCUUUACAACCCCGAAUACGAGAAAGAUGCAUGUGGUGUUGGUUUUGCCUGUCACAUCAAGGGAGAUGUUUCCCACAAAAUUGUGUCUGAUGCCCGCUACCUUCUCUGCAAUAUGACCCACAGAGGUGCUGUGGGAUCCGAUGCGAGAGAUGGUGACGGUGCUGGUGUCAUGACUUCUAUUCCACACAAAUUCAUGGUGAGGGAGUUUGCCUACCACUGCGAUGCCAAGCUUCCAGGUCUCGGCCAAUACGCUGUUGGUAAUCUUUUCUUCAAAAACGACGAUGCAGUUUUCCAGAAGUCCAAAUCUACCUUUGAGAAUAUCGCCAAGUCGCUUGGCCUCAAGGUGCUGGGAUGGAGACCAGUUGCGCACGACUCCUCCAUUCUCGGUCCCGCUGCUCUUUCGCGCGAGCCGCUGAUUUUGCAGCCAGUUGUUGUCUUGGAAGAGGCUCCUCUUGAGAUUUCGGAGGCUGAAUUCGAGACUAAGUACCAAAAGAAGUUCGAGAAGCAGUUGUUCAUACUGAGAAAACAAUCUACUCAUACCAUUGGUCUACACAACUGGUUUUACAUCUGUUCCCUUUCUAACAAGAACAUCGUCUACAAGGGACAGCUGGUUCCAGCCCAAGUCUACAACUACUACCACGAUUUGGUGAACGCGGACUACGAGGCUCACUUUGCCCUGGUGCACUCCCGUUUUUCUACUAACACCUUCCCAUCUUGGGACAGAGCCCAACCUUUGAGAUGGGCUGCUCACAAUGGUGAAAUUAACACCUUGAGAGGUAACAAGAACUGGAUGCGUGCUAGAGAAGGUGUCAUGGCGUCUGCUUUGUUCGGCGAUGAGUUGGACAAGCUGUAUCCUAUCAUCGAAGAGGGUGGUUCCGAUUCUGCUGCUCUCGACAACGUUCUUGAGUUGCUUGUCAUCAACGGUGUUUUGUCCUUGCCAGAAGCUAUCAUGCUUUUGGUACCAGAAGCGUGGCAAAACAACGAACAAAUGGACCCAAAAAAGAAAGCCUUCUACGAGUGGGCUGCAUGUUUGAUGGAGCCAUGGGAUGGUCCUGCUCUGUUUACUUUUGCCGAUGGACGCUUUUGUGGUGCCAAUCUUGACAGAAAUGGUUUGAGACCAUGUCGUUUCUACGUCACCGACGACAACCGUAUGAUCUGUGCUUCUGAAGUUGGUGUCAUCCCAAUUGAGCCAGAAAAGAUUGUUCAAAAGGGAAGACUGCAGCCUGGUCGUAUGCUUUUGGUAGACACCAAGGAAGGAAGAAUUGUUGACGACCGUGAACUCAAGAAGAACGUUGCUUCUCGUUUCGACUUCAAGUCGUGGGUUCUUGCCAACAUGAUCACUAUGCCAGACCUUUUUGCCAAGUUGGCUGCCAAGGGUCUUGACGAGGCUAAGCUGACCCCACAGGUCGACUCUAAGAGCAUCACAGUACAAACAGACCCUCGUCUCAAGGCUUUCGGUUACACAUUAGAGCAAAUCACAAUGCUUUUGGUUCCAAUGGGAUCUGACGGAAAAGAGGCUCUCGGCUCCAUGGGUAAUGAUGGCCCACUGGCCUGUCUUGCUGAACAACCAAAACUUGUUUACGAGUAUUUCCGCCAACUAUUUGCCCAAGUCACAAACCCUCCAAUUGACCCAAUCAGAGAGGAGAUCGUGAUGUCACUCGAAUGCUACAUCGGUCCUCAGGGCAACCUGCUUGAGAUGAAGGCAGACCAGUGUAACAGACUCUUAAUGCCAUCUCCUGUUUUGUCUAACCAGGAGUUCAACGCUUUGACUCACGUUAAUGAGGUUUAUCCAAAAUGGUCUGUUGCCACUAUCGACGUAACUUUUGCCAAAUCUGAAGGUCUGGUUGGAUACACCGAUGCUCUUGAACGCAUUUGCCAAGAGGCCACUCAGGCCAUCGUUGAUGACCACCAGGUGAUCAUUUUAACUGACCGUGCCACUGAUGCUGACAAUGUUCCGGUCUCUGUUUUGAUUGCUUGUGGUGCCGUUCACCACCAUUUAGUGCGCCAGAAGCAGCGUUCUAAGGUCGCACUUAUUGUCGAAACCGCAGAAGCAAGGGAAGUACACCAUCUUUGUGUCUUGCUAGGUUACGGUGCUGAUGCCAUCAAUCCGUACUUGGCCCUUGACACUUUGGUUCGUAUGAACGCCGAAGGCCUCAUCCGUGAAGAGCUUUCAGACAAGCAAGUCAUUGACAACUACAAGCACUCUGUCGAUGGUGGAAUUCUGAAGGUCAUGUCUAAGAUGGGUAUUUCCACUUUGGCUUCUUACAAGGGAGCACAGAUCUUUGAAGCUUUGGGUGUUGAUAACUCUGUUGUUGACCGUUGUUUCGCUGGUACUGCCUCCAGAAUCAAGGGUGUUACCUUUGAGUACAUUGCUCAAGAUGCAUUUUCUCUCCACGAACGUGGAUUCCCAUCUCGUGACACAAUCAAACCGGUUGGCCUUGCCGAGUCCGGUGAAUAUCACUGGAGAGAUGGUGGAGAAGCUCAUGUGAACGAGCCUUCAGCCAUUGCGAACAUUCAAGACGCUGUCCGUAACAAGAAUGAGCGUGCAUACGAAGCCUACUCUAAGAAGGAAUAUGAUGCUAUUAAGCACUGUACUCUCCGCGGACUGCUCGAUUUUGAAUUUGAAAGUUCCACUCCGGUUCCAAUUGACCAGGUUGAGCCUUGGACCGAAAUUGUUCGUCGUUUUGUGACUGGUGCUAUGUCGUACGGUUCCAUCUCGAUGGAGGCUCAUUCUACUUUAGCUGUUGCCAUGAACAGACUUGGUGGAAAGUCCAACACCGGUGAAGGUGGUGAAGAUCCAGAAAGGUCUUCCGUCAAUGACCACGGCGAUACUAUGAGAUCGGCUAUUAAGCAGAUUGCCUCCGGAAGAUUCGGUGUUACUUCCUACUAUCUUUCGGACGCCGAUGAGCUUCAGAUUAAGAUGGCUCAAGGUGCUAAGCCAGGUGAGGGUGGUGAGCUUCCAGGCCACAAGGUUUCUGGUGCAAUUGCCAAGACUCGUCAUUCCACACCAGGUGUUGGUUUGAUCUCCCCACCUCCUCAUCACGAUAUCUACUCCAUUGAAGAUUUGAAGCAGCUGAUUUACGACCUGAAGUGUUCUAACCCACGUGCUCGUAUUUCCGUGAAGCUCGUGUCUGAGGUUGGUGUCGGUAUCAUCGCUUCUGGUGUCGCUAAAGCUAAAGCUGACCACAUUCUCAUUUCUGGUCAUGAUGGUGGAACCGGUGCUUCCCGUUGGACUGGUAUCAAAUAUGCUGGUUUGCCUUGGGAAUUGGGUCUUGCUGAAACCCACCAAACUCUGGUGCUAAACGAUUUGCGUGGCAGAGUGGUGGUUCAGACCGAUGGCCAACUCAGAACCGGUCGUGAUGUUGCAAUUGCAUGUUUGUUGGGAGCUGAAGAAUGGGGAUUUGCAACCACUCCACUCAUCGCAAUGGGAUGCAUCAUGAUGAAGAAGUGUCACACUAAUGCUUGUCCCGUUGGUGUUGCCACCCAAGACCCAGAACUUAGAAAGAAGUUUGAGGGUACUCCAGAACAUGUCAUUAACUUCUUUUACUACCUUGCUAAUGAGUUGAGAGGAAUCAUGGCGAAACUUGGUUUCAGAACCAUCGAUGAGAUGGUUGGCCGUGCCGAAAAGCUCAGAGUUAGAGAGGAUUUGCGUACCACCAAAAAUGCAAACAUUGAUUUGUCUCCAAUUCUGACUCCAGCUCACACCAUCCGUCCAGGUGUUGCUACUCGUUGUGUCAAGAAGCAGGACCACAGAUUGCAUGUCCGUCUUGACAACAAGCUGAUCGACGAGGCCGAAGUGACUCUUGACAAGGGACUGCCAGUAACCAUUGACGCCGAGAUCAUAAACACUGACAGAGCUUGUGGUACCACGCUGUCAUAUCGUAUUUCCAAGAAGUUUGGUGAGGCUGGCUUGCCACAUGACACUGUUCACGUGAACAUCAAGGGUAAUGCUGGUCAAUCUUUUGGUGCUUACUUGGCUCCAGGUAUCACUCUUGAAUUGGAAGGUGACUCCAACGAUUACGUUGGUAAGGGACUGUCUGGUGGUCGUCUGAUUGUUUACCCACCAAAAGACUCCAAGUUUAAAGCCGAGGAGAAUAUCUUGAUUGGUAAUACUUGUUUGUACGGAGCCACUUCAGGAACUGCCUUUUUCCGUGGUAUUGCGGCCGAGAGAUUUGCUGUAAGAAACUCUGGUGCCACCGCUGUUGUUGAAGGAACCGGUGAUCAUGGUUGUGAGUACAUGACUGGUGGACGUGUCGUUGUGCUGGGUUCGACUGGAAGAAACUUUGCUGCUGGUAUGUCUGGUGGUAUUGCAUACGUUCUGGACAUUGCCCAAGAGUUCUCCGACAAGGUGAACUCUGAGAUGGUGGAACUUACUUCUGUGACUGACCCAUCUGAGAUUGCAUUUUUGCGUGGUUUGAUCGAAGACCAUCGCCAUUACACCAACUCCGAGAUGGCUGACCGUAUUCUGAACAACUUCAAUCACUUCUUGCAAAGAUUUGUUAAGGUUUUGCCAUACGAAUACAAACGCGUUUUGGCUGAAGAGGCCAAAGCCAAGGAGGACGCUAAAAAGAAGGAAGUGAACAACUACCUUUCUUCUAUCAAGGAAGACCCCGAAGCCGACAUAACCAAUGGAGAAGUUCUGCGUAAGAAGGGCCAUCACCACAAGGAUGAGCCCAAGGUGCUGGAUUUGGAAGACACUGUUCUGGACAUCAAGGCCGAGGAAAAGAAGGCAGUCAAACUGGACAAAGUUCGUGGUUUCAUGAAGUACAGUCGUCGCAAUGAGAAGUACAGACCAGCCAAAUCUAGAGCUAAGGACUGGGCUGAAUUGUCCAGUCGUCUUUCGAAGGAGGACUUGAAAUUCCAAACAGCCCGUUGCAUGGACUGUGGUGUUCCUUUCUGUACUUCUGACACUGGAUGUCCUAUCUCAAACGUCAUUCCAAAGUGGAAUGAGCUUGUUUUUAAGGACAAAUGGUUUGAUGCUUUGCAGAGACUGUUGAUGACCAACAACUUCCCCGAAUUCACCUCGAAGAUCUGUCCUGCUCCUUGUGAGGGUGCUUGUACUGUUAACUUGACUGGAUUUGAGGCCGUUGGUAUCAAGUCCGUUGAGGCCGGAAUCAUCGAUUACGGUUUCCAGCAGGGCUGGAUUGUCCCUCAAAUCCCAAAGGUGAGAACUGGCAAGAAGGUCGCGGUUAUUGGUUCCGGACCUGCAGGUCUUGCUGCUGCUGACCAGCUCAACAAGGCCGGCCACUCUGUCACCGUUUACGAGCGUUCUGAUAGACCAGGUGGACUGCUAAUGUACGGUAUUCCAAACAUGAAGCUGGACAAGAAGAUUGUCAAGCGCAGAACGGAUUUGAUGGAACAGGAGGGCGUGUCGUUUGUCUGCAACACCACUAUUGGUGAAGAUGUGACUGUUGACGAGCUCAGAUCUCAGAACGAUGCCGUUGUUCUUGCUGUUGGAUCGACUAUUCCAAGAGACUUGAAGAUCCCAGGAAGAUCGCUCAAGAACAUCAACUUUGCCAUGACCUUGUUGAAGUCCAACACCCAGGCACUUUUGGAUGACCACCUAGAGGACAUCAGACAACAAAUGGAGGGCAAGAACGUAGUAGUGAUUGGAGGUGGUGACACUGGUAAUGACUGUCUUGGAACAGCGACCAGACAUGGAGCCAAAUCUGUCACCAACUUCGAGCUAUUGCCACAUCCACCAGCAACUCGCGGAAAGGAUAACCCAUGGCCUCAAUGGCCUAGAAUUUUCCGUGUUGACUAUGGCCAUGCUGAGGUCAAGGAGCACUACGGCAAAGAUCCUCGUGAAUACUGUAUUUUGUCGAAGGAGUUUGUGGGAGAUGAAGAAGGCAACGUUAAGGGUAUCAACGCUGUUCGUGUUGAAUGGAAGAGAUCUGACAGUGGUGCCUGGCAGAUGGCUGAAGUUCCCGGUAGCGAGGAGUUCUUCCCCGCCGAGGUUGUGCUUCUUUCUAUGGGUUUCGUCGGACCAGAAGCUGAGAAUUUGUCCGAGAGAAACAAGCGUGGAAACAUCAACACUUAUGACCCUAACGGUUACAAGGUUGCGGAAGAUGGCAACUUGUUUGCUGCUGGUGACUGCAGAAGAGGUCAAUCUCUGGUUGUUUGGGGUAUUCAAGAGGGCAGACAAUGUGCUCGUGAAGUUGAUACAUAUUUGAUGGGAGGGUCUAGGUUGCCAGGUAAUGGUUCCAUUGAGAGAAGAGAUUAUAAGUUAUUGGAGGAGUUGGCAGCUAAGGCUUAG